GCAAUCCCAACUUGAAAAUUUCACGUAAUCCCACUUUAAAUUAUGAUAAAAAUGAUAAUUAAAUCAUUUCUAUAUUUCACCAGCGGCAGCACAGAACGAGAUUUUUUCGAGUUGCCAAUUAAUUACACCAUAUGACCGAAUAAAUCUGCCAGCAUUGUGAAAAGUUCAUCAAUUUGAAAUUGGAUCUACACUUCGCGUUGUGGUUAAAGUGCUUUUCCGUGCUCUGAAAUUUUCGGUUUUUUAAAAUGUCCAACUAUCGUGCUAUUUAUCAUCAAGCAAUAUCUACAAUUCCAGUAUGCCUGGGAGAAUUUUCAAUCGGUCUAGCUUUCGGAUGGGUAGCUCCAAUGAUCAAAAUAUUCUUAGAAGAUCCAGAAACCGAAGUCAUAGCAACCGAAGAAGAAUGCUCGUGGAUCGCCAGCUUGACUGAAUUCGGACGAAUAUUCGGUCCUUUGUUCUCGUUGUUACUUCUGGACGUCAUUGGACGAAAAUCCAUGCUACAGAUCUCAUCGAUUAUAUUCUUCGUCAUAUGGUUAGCUAUUCUAUUCACUCGUUCUCCGAUGGUCUUAUGCGCGACGUUUUUCGUUUUCGGAUUAGGAAUCGGUAUUUGCAACGCUGCAUCAGCAGUUUACCUAGGAGAGAAUAGUUCUCCAACAGUUCGGGGUAUUUUUUGCAGUAUCACCACAACUGGGUUUUACGUAGGUGUUCUAGUCCAGUACGUAAUCGCUGGCUACCUGUCGUAUCACUAUUUGGCUAUUGCGAAUAUAGUAAUGGCGUUCGUUUGCUUAGCUAGCACAUUGUUAUUGGUGGAAUCUUCUCAAUUUCUCAUGCUCAAAGAUCGCUUCGACAGAGCCGAGAAGAACAUGAUGUGGUUGAACGGAACCAGCAAAAAAGAAGACAUUAUGGUAGAGUUUGAAGACAUUAAAUCGAACAUAGCGUCGGAAAAAUUGAAGAAAACUUCGUACAAAGAGUUAUUCACAUCAUCGGCGAAUUACAAAAGUCUGAUCAUAGUACUGGUUCUGAACAUGGCCCAUGCAGCGACUGGAAAUGCAGUCAUGUUCACGUAUAUUUCAGUUCUGUUCCCAGAGAACGAGUUCUUCACGUCGAAUCAAGUGAGCGUUUAUUUUGGACUCUCUCAGAUGACUUUCUGCCUGUUUGCUUCGCUGAUCAUUGAAAACUUCAAUCGCAGAACACUUACUUUGCUGUGUUACGCUAUAUUUAUUUUAUGCCAUUCGGCUGCAUGUUAUUUCUUGAACGAUGCUGCCAAUAAUGAAACUCCUGUGACAUACGGUGUGUGGAUAGUAUUCGCAUCGGUGUGUAUUUUCUCUGGAUUCAGUGCUGUUUUGGAUUCUGUGAUACAUAUGCUCAGAGGAGAGCUAUUCCCACAAAGUAUCAGACCGAUCGGAUCAGCGUUAUCAAUAUCGGCGCAUUCUUUCAUGGAAUUCGUAACUGUCAAGAUAUUUUUGUCGAUAAAAGCGCAAUAUGGCACCCAUAUGAACUUCAUGGGGUAUGCUGUCGUCAGUUUGUUUUCCUUUUUAUUCAGUUAUUUCGCGUUACCAGAAACUAGAGGUAAAACCUUGAUUGAGAUACAGAAAUCGUUGGAAAAAUCAAAAUAGGAGGUUCAAAGUGGAUACAAAUAAUGAUCAUGUUGACAUUGCUGACGAACAAAAAGACACCUUGAGAUGGUGUGAAACAUGUAUAAGUUUUACGAGUGAUACUCGAAUUAUUAAUUUACGUCAAUACCUAUCUGUGCUAAUAAUAAGUUCACUCAGGUGCUUAUGAGUUCAUUUACAAGUGCUCAAUAAAAAAACAACCGAGAAUUCAUAAAUAGAAUGAUUAGGCAUCUUAUGAUGAGAUGAUUAUCCACACAAUGGAACUAGAAGUGGAAUAAUUUUAUGCAAAUAAAUGGAUAUUUUUUUUGUU